UUUUCACAGCACAUUCAGUACUGAAAAGUUAUGGACAAGUUAUUGGUUUACCUUUUGGUUUGUUGUGCGGUUUGCAUUAAAGAUGUCUGGAGCAAAAAACACGGCCACGAGGCCAAACUUAGCGGUGGCAGGAUAGUCGGUGGGUACAACACCACCAUCCAGUCGGUGCCGUACCAAGCGUACAUUCUGCUGCAGAAGGGCUCCGAUUACUAUCAGUGCGGAGGAUCCAUCAUCAGCAAACGGCAUAUAUUGACGGCUUCUCAUUGCCUCGAAGGGAUGCAAAGAGCAUUCGUUAGGAUUGGCAGUACCAAAUCAGACAGCGGUGGCACUGUGUACCCUACGAGAAGACUUCUGAAACACCCGAAGUACAACUCCCGCACGAAAGACUUCGAUGUUGCUAUGAUCACCGUCAAUAAAGACAUGGAUCUGGACGGUACAAACGCGAAGACAGUCGAUUUGCCAGAAAAUAGUGGUGGAGGGGCCGUACCUGCGAACGAAACACUUCUUGUUACUGGAUGGGGAGCUACUAGUGAAGGUAGCGCUACUACCAACACCCUGAGAGCCGUUGAAGUGAUGACUCAUAGCUUGAGCCGAUGUAGACAACUGCUCGGCAACCUCACCAAACGGAUGUUCUGCGCCGGCCCAAUUGAAGGAGGCAAGGAUUCUUGUCAGGGCGAUUCGGGAGGUCCGGCAGUCAAAGACAACACUCUAAUAGGCAUAGUUUCCUACGGCUUUGGAUGUGCUCGUCCGAAAAAACCAGGAGUUUAUACCGACGUUGCUGGAGUCCGUCCUUGGAUCAAAAGAGUGUCUCAAGUCUAAUAGGCCUUUGCUGUAUACAUCAAUCUAAUGAACAAACUAUAAUUUCAAAUUUGUUACAGUCAAAAUUAAAUUGUAUCACAUGCAAAUUGUGUUGCUAAUACAAAUUGAUAACAUAACUUGCAUACUCGAUAAAGGAUAGCUUAAAAUGGAAUAUGAAUUUCAUCGAACUAAAUUCUUGGUUAAAUUGUUGUUCCAUUUGAUUAUUAGGUCUCAUGUUAAAGUCUAACCUUAAUUAGAUAUUGUGUUCGUUGUUCGUUGUGUGUUGUUAAAUGUUUACAGCAAACCGAAAUUCACGACAAAUUGCUUGCUUCAACUUCAAAUGCGCAUUCUGAUAGGUAUUACCUGAUAAGAAUGAUUAUAAUAAAGCAUCGUUUACUUAA